UCUCGGCCAUUUUGCAAAAUUUCGACGGCCACCACAUAUAAGCCGAAGAUUUUUUUUAAUAUUUCUUAGGAAAAUCUUUGGUAAAAUUUGUAUAUUUUGCACCAAACUAAAGUUGAGUCGUGUCCGCAUAAUAUUUAUAUGAAUUAAAAUGGCACGUUAUACGCAACGACCGGAAAACGCUUUGAAAAGAGCUAAUGAAUUCAUUGAUGUGGGCAAGCCUUUGCGAGCCUUGGAUACGUUGCAAGAAGUUUUCCGUAAUAAACGUUGGAAUUAUGCAUAUUCGGAGACAAUUAUUGAGCCACUCAUGUACAAGUACUUGGAGUUGUGCGUGGAGCUCAAGAAGUCCCAUAUUGCCAAAGAGGGCCUUUUUCAAUACCGCAAUAUGUUCCAAUUGGUGAAUGUUAACUCACUGGAAAAUGUCAUUCGCGCUUACUUGCGCAUGGCUGAGGAGCAGACUAAAAAAGCUCAAGAUCAGUCUUCCGCUGCUGUUGCAGUCCUGGAAUUAGAUGAUCUGGAUAACAUUGCCACUCCCGAAAGUAUCCUAAUGAGUGCUGUUUGUGGCGAAGAUGCCCAAGACCGUUCGGACCGUACUAUUUUGCUACCAUGGGUUAAAUUUUUGUGGGAGUCUUAUUGCCAAUGUUUGGAGUUAUUGCGCAUUAAUACUCAUUGCGAGGCUUUGUAUCACGAUAUAGCCCGCAUGGCUUUUCAAUUUUGCUUAAAAUACAACCGUAAAAGCGAAUUCCGACGCUUAUGCGACAAGUUGCGCAAACACUUGGAAGAUAUAUGUAAGAGUACCAACCAAACAACCGGUGUGUCAAUUACAAAGUUGGAAACUCAACAACUAUGUCUUGAAACGAGGCUUUAUCAGCUGGACUGUGCUAUUCAGAUGGAGCUUUGGCAAGAGGCUUAUAAAGCCAUUGAGGAUAUUCAUGGCUUAAUGGCCCUGUCCAAAAAAGCACCAGUGCCCAAAACAAUGGCUAAUUAUUAUCAAAAAUUGGCUAUGGUUUUCUCUAAAGCUGGCAAUCAACUGUUUCAUGCAGCAGCUCUAUUAAAACUUUUCCAAUUAACUCGCGAAUUGAAAAAGAACUUGACCAAGGAAGACAUGCAACGUAUGGCUUCCCAUGUACUGAUUGCUACGCUAUCAAUUCCAUUACCAUCUGCACAUCCGGAAUUCGACCGUUUUAUUGAAGCCGAUAAGAGUCCUCUGGAAAAGGCCCAAAAAUUGGCCGUCUUAUUGGGCCUCCAACAGCCACCUACUAGGGCUUCAUUGCUUAAAGAAGUUGUACGACUUAGUGUUCCUCAACUAGCUUCUGAGGAAUACCGAAAUUUGUACAAUUGGCUUGAAGUCGACUUCAAUCCUUUGAAUUUGUGCAAACGUGUUCAAACCGUAGUUGAUGCAAUUGAGGCCAUUCCCGGGGAAACCAAUCCUUUAUCGCCCUAUGUUCGACCUUUGAAAGAUGUUACCAUCAUGCGUUUAAUACGUCAGAUAUCCCAAGUUUACGAGAGCAUUGAAUUCUGUCGUCUUCUCAACUUGGCUCCAUUUAGUAAUAUAUUUGAUUUAGAGAAAUUGUUGGUUGAGUCUGUACGUCACAAUGAUAUGCAAAUUCGAAUUGAUCACCAAAAGCGUUGCAUUUAUUUCGGCACCGAUCUCACCGAAAGCCAACGCGAAGAUCACCCUGAUGGACCCAGCUUGCAAUCUAUGCCUUCAGAACAAAUUCGCUCACAACUGGUCAAUAUGUCUACCGUGUUGCAUCGAGCCGUUUCCAUUGUCUAUCCGAAUCGUGACCGUGAUCAACGUGCUAAGUACCGUAGCCAAAUGGUUCAACACUACCACGAAAUCAAGGACCGAGAGCACCAACGUAUUUUGCAACGCCAGAAGAUAAUUGAAGACCGUAAGGAGUUCAUCGAGAAACAGAAUAAUGCUCGUGAAGAGGAGGAAGCUCGCCGACUGGAAGAAGAGGCCCGCAAAGCAAAAUUAGCGGAACAAAAGCGACUCGAACAAGAAAAUGAAGAGCGAGAACGAAAACGUCACGAAAAUGAAAUUCAAGCUAUAAAGGAGAAGAGUUUGAAAGAGAAAGUGGAACAAAUCUCCCAAACUGCACAUGGUAAGAAAAUGCUGGAGAAACUCGAUCCCGAAAGCAUCAAGAAGUUGGAUGCAGAACAAAUUGCUGCUCGCGAAUCCGAAGAAUUGCAGAGGGAACGCAAAGAGUUGCAAAACAAACUUAAAUCACAGGAAAAGAAAAUUGAUUAUUUCGAACGUUGCAAGCGCAUGAAGGAAAUCCCACUAUUUGAAAAGUACUUGUCGGAAAAGAUGGUAAAGGACAAGGAGUUUUGGGAAGCCCAAGAAAAAACUCGCAUAGAAAAUGCCAUACUUGAACGCAAAGAUGCAGUUGCCCAGCAGGAGCGUUUGAAACGCAUGCAUCCCGACAGGGAUGCUUUCUUGGAAGCAUUGAAAAAAGAACGUGCAUCGGUGUAUGCUGAAAAGAUCAAACAGUUUGAAGUGGCUUUGGCAGAAGAACGUAAAAAAAAAUUGGCAAUACGCGUCGAACAAAGGCGAGAGCAACGUCGUAAGCAGUGGCUUCGAGAGAAGGAGGAGGAACGCAUGCGCAAGGAAGAAGAGAUUCGGCGCGCUAAGGAAGAGGAAGAACGUGCCAUUGCAGAAGCUCGUCGUAAAGAACGUGAGGCCGAAGAUGAGAAACGACGCAUCCAAUACGAAAAGCAAAGAGCUAAGGAGGAGGAAGCAGAGCGUAGAAUUCAAGAAGAACGUGAACAGCGGGCACGGGAAGUGGCUGCAGAACGCGAAAAACGUGAAAAAAAUACAGAUAAAGGUCGCGACGUUUGGCGUGGACGUGGGGGUGAUCGUGGUGAACGUGGACCAGAAAAUACAUCUGAAUGGCGUAGUGCAGGUGUACCAAAUGUUGAACGUAGCGAACGUCCAUCGGAAAGAAAAGAAAUCGAAGGCAAUGAAGGCGGUUCUUCUUGGCGCACAAGACGUGAACCAGAUUCAUCAGGUCCUAUACGUGAAGCACCUGGUGCCGGACGCGAUGAUAAGUGGCGUCGUGGUGGUGGUCCAAAUGAUGAACGACCACGUGCAGGAGAAUUCCGUCGUGGCGGCGAUCGUGAAGAUCGUUCACGUGGGAAUGACUUCCGUAGAGGCGAACGAGAUGACCGCCGAGAUGGACGUCGUGAAGACAAUGCCAGCGGUAACUGGCGUGAUGCUCCACGCACCACAUCGGAUCGCGACAAUCGACGUCCAGGUGUCGAUCGCCGAGAUCGUCCCGACCGCGGUGAUCGUUCCGACCGUGGUGAUCGUCCAGAACGUGGCGAUCGUCCAGAACGUGGCGAUCGUCCCGAUCGCGUUGGUGCUAGUGGUAAGGAUUCUGGAAGCUGGCGUACAGAACGCCCAGUACGGGAUGACAAAGAAAAGCCCAAAAGAGAACAGGAUAAAGAGAACAAGAGCGGAGACGACGGUGAGUGGACUAAUGUAAGACGCCGCUAGUUCCAGAAACAUUCGAUAACAUAUUCACCGAAGUUUUUCUAAACAUAAAUUUUUAUAUACAUAAACAAUUUAUAAUCCACUUUAUAUAUAACAAUUAAAGUUUUGGUCUGUCCUGCUGCAAGUCAAAAAAUUUUAGAUUCUGAUGAAGUUAUUCACAAGUAGCUGCUAAUAUCAAGCAUACAAAAUGUAUGGAUUCCUCUAAUGUUUGCUUUUCAAAAAAAAAAAAACCAAAAACCCCAUCAACAAGCAGGCUAGCUACCUAUUUCCGCGACAGCAAUUUGUAAAUGUUGCAAUGCACUCAACCUUUAAUAAUGAUUUCAAAUUAGGCGACAUCAAUAUCAAAAAACGAAAUAAAUAAAUAAAUUAUAAACUAAUCAAAGGAUCGGAGGAUAAUAUUUUUUUAUUAUAUAAUUCAGUUGAUGGUCGACUAUGGAUUACUAAACUUAAGCUGAGUUCUUCUCUAAAACAUCACUCAAUAAACACACAAAAAACCACCUA